GAAUAUACAGAAAUGGUCAACAUAGUGGCAAUUGUCAUCAGAAUUCAUUCAAUAUUUUCGAAGCAUGCUUCACUUCGUUGUCUUGUAAUGCCCAUCUUCUGGCACCUCUUUAUGUUAAUUUUUCAUUGCUUAAAUGAAACUUGCUUAUUUAAACUGGUUGAGCUUUUUCACUUGUGCCUCGUGGUGCAUUGGGAAAGAAUGAGAAUGCAAUGGAAGAUAGUUUGAGGGAUCAGAGUCUUCACAUUCUUCAGCUUUUGCUUUGUAAAGCAUUUAUGGAAUGCAUGCUCUGGUCUCACUUAGAAUUGGUGUUGUUGGUUUAUUUAAUUUUUCUUUUAAAUGUUCUUCUUGGUAAUGCACCUUUUGAUGGCUUUAAAAGGUCACUGCAGGCUAGCAUUUUGAUUUUUUCUUGGUAUGAUCUUUUUUGACUCGAAGUUGUGUGUUUUGUGAAAUUAUAUAUGGAGGUCUCUGAAGCUUGUAUCUCACAAGUCAGAUAUAUAGGCUCUUCCAACAAUUGUAAGCCCUCUUUACUUCCAAGAGCUCGAAGAGUUAUGGCACCUAACCCCAGGGUAAAGGCAGCCUUUAUGGCAAUGAGGGAUAUCAGAAUCAGUGAAGACAAGUUGAAGCCAGUGCUGAAGAAACUCCUGAAAGUAUAUGACAAAAAAUGGGAGCUGAUUGAAGAAGAAAACUAUAGAGUUCUUGCAGAUGCUAUAUUAGAUGAGGAGAAUGAUAAGGUUGAGGUGCAAAAGCGAAAAAGUACUGCAGAUGAGGAUGACUUGGAGGAAGUAGCACUAGUGCGUGAGGUUGAACGCCCGUUAAAAAGACAGGUUCAGAAACCAAGGAUCUCAGGGCUUAGCUUCUCCUAG